CACAGCGGAAUCCCGUAACAGAUACCCUCGAUUUUUCCAAAGCAACGAGUUCCCUUUUUUUCUCCACUCUUCAAUUUCGAUACGAAUUUCUAUGGUCCGGAAUUAAAAAAAUAGCGAGGGACCAAUACAUAGGACCACACUCACAACGCAACUCAAUAUCAGAAGGGGGCAAUCUCGAAAGAAGGAAAAUCAACCUCCGACAACCUCUCCUUCUUUGAAUCCACGAAUUACGACCACAACCACGACGUUUGUUUACGGAGCACAAUUACAUAUACUUCCUACAUUGGGGAGACUCUUUGAUUCUCUUUCUCUUUUCAUAGUUGCGUGGCUACCUCCAUCGUCUUUACUCGUACCAAGAUCCGUUUGUCUUUGCUUCGAUUUCCCCGUCGGUCGUUUAGAGUCGAGACAUUCUCAACACAUCGUCAAGAAAAACGACAUCCCCUCGCCCACAACAGAAGGAAUUUAUAAGGUUGAUGGAGGGCCAGCCUUCUACAGGUAAUUCUAAAUAUCAAUAUCAAUCUGCACAGUGGUCGCGACUCGUGCGGCGUAAUACCCACGCCGAUUCAAAUUCCAGCUCCUCGCCGAGUGUUCCUGGUUUCCCUCAGCUUCCAACCCAAUUCAUUCCCAUUUUACUUCCCCAACAGCCCUCAUUUCACCAACAACAACUUGAACAGUACAACAAGCUCAUUUCUUCAGGCGGAAACACUAGACUGCAAACUGCACCACUUCCCCCACUGCUUUCAGCACAACACAUUCAGGCGGUGCCCGGACAAAGAUCCAGCUCAAGUGGCGUUACCACGGAACGAAAACCAAAACCUGCUGCGAGGGGCGGUCAUGGGAAUAGGGACGUACGAAAAUUUAAUAAAAGCGAGCGCGCGCUCAUAACAGAGAAGGAGACAUCACCAGCGAUGCAGGGCAAGAAAUUUGAGUUGACAGCUCAACUCCCCCCACGACCAGUUGCACAACAUCAAAAUUCCACAUUGUCUCGAGAAUCGAAUUCCGUACCUUCUACACCACAUCAACAUCCGAGGAAGUUCUCUUUCGACGAGUCGAGAGAACCUUCACCGAAUGCCCCUGGCAGCCAUUCCCCUAGAUCGGCAUACUCCGAAUCAAAUAUAACUCUACCUUCGAGACCACCUCCUGCCCAGCGGAGAGGGUGUCAAUACGAAACGGCUAUGGCCUCCAUAAGGCGGCGCAUGCCUUAUAGUCUUGGGGCUGAUCGAUUGGAACAAUUGAAGGAUUCUGAUCUGAAAAGCAAAUUGUCAGAUGAAGAAGAGAGAAAAUUGUCCACAGAUAUGCGCGAGCUAUAUGAUCGUUUAUUGCCAACGGCGGAAACCGACGAGAGAAGGAGGAAGCUGGUGUCGAAGCUGGAAGAUAUGUUUAACAAAGAAUGGCCUGGGCACGAUAUACGGGUUUAUGUUUUCGGUUCAUCGGGCAAUUUGCUUUGUACUGAUGCGUCAGAUGUCGAUAUUUGCAUAACGACCGACUGGAAGGUGAUGGAGGGUGUAUGCAUGAUUGCAGAAUUACUCGCAAAGAAUGGUAUGCAAAAGGUAAUUUGUGUAUCGACUGCUAAGGUUCCCAUCGUCAAGAUAUUUGAUCCGGAGCUCGAGUUGCCUUGCGACAUGAAUGUCAACAAUACCCAGGCCCUAGAGAACACUCGAAUGAUAAAAACGUACAUCGAGAUUGAUCCCCGUGUGAGGCCCUUGGCUAUGAUAAUCAAGCAUUGGACAAAGUCAAGGGCGAUCAAUGAUGCUGUUGGUGGCACAUUGAGCUCAUAUACAUGGAUAUGCAUGAUCAUCAAUUUUCUACAGAGUCGGGAGCCUCCUGUGUUACCAUCACUACAUCAACGGCCUCACCUCAGGUUACCAACGAAGGAAGGGGGUGAAAGCAGCUUCGCAGACGAUAUUGACGCCUUGAGGGGGUUUGGUCUGAAGAAUAAAUCAACCUUGGGAGAACUUUUGUUCCAAUUCUUUCGAUUUUACGGGCACGAAUUCGAUUAUGACAAGCAGGUGGUUUCGGUCCGAAUGGGAAAGCAAAUCUCGAAGCAGGAGAAGAAAUGGUCAAUAGCAACAAACAACAUGCUGUGCGUGGAGGAACCUUUUAAUACUGAACGGAAUCUUGGAAAUACCGCAGAUGAUUUCUCCUUUCGUGGACUUCACUUGGAAAUGAGGAGGGCAUUCGAGUUGAUAUCUGGCGGCAAACUGGAUGAGUGUUGCGAAGAAUAUAUAUUUCCCAAAGAGCAGGAGCGAGUUUGGGAAAAGCCACCCCCGUCUAAGAAGCCAACAUUGACUGCUAGUCAUCCCCCGCACAGGAAUGGCAGAGGAGGUCACCGUGGCGGUCGUAACAACCAUUCUAAUCGCAAUUCGUCAAAUGGCAGCCGCAAAUCUUCAAAUAGCAAUUACGAUAACCACAUGUACCCACAGCAUGGGAUACCGUCGAAUAUCUCUACACAGGACCAAUGGGCUGCCCAGCAACAAGCGCAAUCACAGUUGCACAACCACCUCUACGCCACGUAUUCGGUCUUACAGGCACAAGAGAAUACUUUAAGGAUGCAAUUGGUCCAACAAACGUACAUGGAACAGGCUCAUGCUCAUGCUCAGGCUCAUGCCCAGGCUCAAGCAUAUGCACAGUCUCACGGUCGCAUACAAGGCGGUGGCAUGCCAAUCAAGCAACAAGCCACUGAUCGAAAUCGAACCUCUUCGUUUGAUCAAGGGCCAUUAACAGCACCUAUACGACCGGACGGUAUGUACUUUUAUCCGUUUCAAUACGCUGGGCAACAAAUGUAUGCAUACCCAACCUCGAGUACGAAUCCAUCAUCUCCGCAACUGAGUGCUGUUGUGCCAGAGAUGAGGAGAGGUAUUCAUCGGUCCACUGUUACAAAUGGCUCGAGUUCCAACAUGGUUCAAUCGAAUGGGUCUAUCAGGUCACAUUCACAACCCGGGACUCGUACUGCUCCUUCGCCCCUUUUAUUGCAAGGAAAUGGGCAUCCUGCUCAUGGUACCAAUGGAAUUGGGCUGUACCAACCUUUGCGACCACAGGGCAACGGUGUUCCCAUCCCAAAUUUUAUUCCAGACGAGUCCACUGAGCAAGGAUAUGAGUCGAGGCGAACGGCUACUACUCCACCAGAGCUUAGUACGCCAAAGGAGUAUGUUGGGUAUUACGUCAAUGAGCCAACUCAGCCAUAUACUCGCAGAGAUUUGCCUUUAGCGAUACCUUUGUUUGGAGACAUAUCUGGAAAUAGACGGCGAUUGUCAACCGAUCAGCUGCCGCAAUCGAUUCGUGACAGGAUCAAACGUAAUCCUUCACGGUCGCCGUCUCCACUAGGCAACGAUAGACGCUUCUCGCUGGCUCAAUCUGCUCCAUCUCAACAUGCGAUGUCCAGUUCCAAUCUUCGUACCCUGCACACCAAUGGACCAUUGGUAGUGAACGGUUCUUCUGCUGUGGGAGUCCCUAAUUCUGUUCCGACAAAUGAGGGGCCAAUCUCUGAAAAUAAGAUUUCCCACGCGAGAGGAUCUGUUGGAUCAAUAUCCCAAGCGUCUCUUACUGAGAGUGAUAUCUCAUUGGGGGAAGACUUUUCUGGGCAACGUACACCUAAAUUUACACGAAGUGGUCUAAGCGAGGUUUCUCCUUUAGUUGCUAAUGGAUCUAGUCCUAACCCGACUCCCCCAAAUGGCUCUAAUAGCCAUCAAUCAAUCGCAAACGGAUUGGCAUCUGCAGAGGGCCUUGAUGGGUAUUCACGGUUGUCUCCUAAUUCAAGGAAUAUUGCGGCCCGCAAUGUCCCAAACGGCGGCAUCCCACUCCUCAACAUUGCGAGUGGUCAUAAUGACAUCCUCUCAAACGAGCUGUCGCAUCUUUCACCCGUAUACGAAACGCACACACCCUCACCGAUGAUCAACAAAAAACUUGAGAAUCUGAAGUUGAAUGGACCUGCUGUCAUUGAGAAAAACAAAAUUGAUCAUUCAAGGCCAAUCCCAAAGCAGUCAGUGGGAAUUGAGCAGCCGGUCAAGCCAUCUCCAUCUAAUUUGAAACAAAAUGGGCAUACUAGAUCUGCUAAGAGUGAGGGUGGUGGACCCGGAGUGUCUUCUGGAAAAUGGCAACAAACCCAACGUAAAAAGGGGCGUACUCCUAUUGAGGCUAAGAAUGUUAAUGGUGGUCAUUCGCAUGGCGAGAAACUCCCUGUCAACGAAAGCGAGCGUAAGGGUGGGUAAAUUGUUGGUAGCUUGAGAUAAAGGUCUACGUGAUCAGGUGAAAGUCAAGCUGAGAGUCGCUCAAAGGAUCAAUAGGUGUUCGACGUUCCAAUGAAAGGCUUCUCGCAACUAAUUGUGGACGUAUUAUAAGGCAAGCGGCUUACCUUGCGCGUCUUGAAUGGAGUUAAAAAGGUUGCACACAUCUGCAUAUGAAUUUGCGAUAUUUGCAGCAAAAAGUGGAGGACAGGUCAAAGGGAAAGUUUGUUUGCAUAUCAGAUCUCCUUGGCUAUCAUCGAAUAAGCGUGUUUUACGACUAUUAUAGAUUUCCUCUCCAUGUCUGUCGACACAUGGUCAACCACUGGAGGCGAAAAGAAGAAAAAUUAAAAGAGGGUUUCUCGAAAACUCAUUCAUUCAGAUGGAUACUUUGUUAUGGUUUUCUAUCUAUGCAUUUGCAAAGCGAUAUGGUUCUGGGUUUCGGUCCGGGCGACUUUUUCUGGUUUGGGAUUGUUUUCGAUUCUUUCUAUGCUUUUCGAUUUUAAGUUUUGCUAUUGUUUUGGUCAGAGGGUUCAUAAACUUGCACAAUGGGUUUCGACUGGUCGGGUUGUUCUUUGAUAUACAAUUGGCAUGCAUACACAUAGGGAAAGCUCAAAAAUGCGAUACUUCAUGCAAAGUACUUGUUUUGAUGGCGCGAGGCGACGUGGGGGUGGUCGGUCAGCAAGGCAUUAAGCGGGAGUGGGGUUUGUGGAUUUGUUUUUGUUUUUGUUUUUUUUAAGUCAUUCGGAUUGGGUGGGAUGGUAUGAAUGGAUGGUAAAUGAGACCAGCGAGGAAAGGGAAGCAGCGUAUGAUAAGGAAGAAACGGAAUGGUCUCGUGUGUAUGUUUAUAGUAUGGAUGUGCAAGAACUGAGCGAGUAUAACAAGCGAUGAAUAUGAGAGGGUGGAUGAGGAAAUUCCCUACUGGGUAAAGGAUUAUACAUACCCAGUGAAUGUGCGGAGCAGAGCGAAUACUGACGCAGCAAGCGAUGCACAGUGGAAGAUACAUGAAAUGAAAUGAAAGAAUAAA